AUGGCAGAAAAAACAAAGUGCAUACCCUCACAUAUACCAAAUGAUGAAGAUAUACAAAAAGAAAAUAUCCGUUGCUUGACCACCAUUGGGCAUUUUGGUUUCGAGUAUCUGCCCUACCAGCUGGUGAACAGAUCCAUCCAUCAAGGGUUCUCUUUCAACAUUCUCUGUGUGGGAGAAACUGGAAUUGGAAAAUCAACACUGAUUAAUACGUUGUUUAAUACUAAUUUGAAAGAUAAAAAAUCCUCACAUUUUUAUUCGAAUGUUGGACUCAAAAUUCAGACAUAUGAACUUCAGGAAAGCAAGGUUCAACUGAAACUGACAGUUGUGAAGACGGUGGGGUACGGAGAUCAGAUAAACAAGGAAGCCAGCUACCAACCCGUGGUCGACUACAUAGAUGCUCAGUUCGAGGCCUUCCUUCAGGAGGAGCUGCGGAUCAAGCGCUCCUUCUUCGAGUACCACGACACCCGCGUGCACGUGUGCCUGUACUUCAUCUCUCCAACGGGGCACUCGCUCAAGUCGCUGGACCUGCUGACCAUGAAGAGCAUCGACAGCAAGGUGAACAUUAUACCAUUGAUUGCUAAAGCAGACACAAUUUCUAAAAACGACUUACAGAAGUUUAAGAGUAAGAUAAUGAAUGAAUUGAUCAGCAAUAACAUCCAGAUAUAUCAGUUCCCAUCAGACGAUGAAACUACCGUUCAAGCAAACUCCUCAACUAAUGGAGUGCUCCCAUUUGCUGUGGUGGGGAGUAUAGAUGAGGUGAAAGUUGGAAAAAGGAUGGUGAGAGGCCGUCAUUACCCCUGGGGAGUUUUGCAAGUGGAAAACGAGAACCACUGUGACUUCGUGAAGCUGCGGGACAUGCUCCUCUGCACCAACAUGGAGGACCUGAAGGAUCAGACCCACUUCUAUCACUAUGAAUGCUACAGAUGCCGCAAGCUGCAGAAAAUGGGCUUCACAGACGUGGGACCUGACAACCAGCUGGUUAGUUUUCAAGAGAUAUAUGAAGCCAAGAGACAAGAGUUUUAUGAUCAAUGCCAGAGAGAGGAAAAGCAGUUGAAACACAGGUUCAUGCAGCGAGUAAAGGAGAAAGAAACAACACUUAAAGAUGCUGAAAAAGAGCUGCAGGACAAGUUUGAGCACCUUAAAAGAUUUCAACAAGAGGAGAUAAUAAAGCUUGAAGGAGAGAGAAGAAAACUGGAAGAAGAAAUCAUCGACUUCUGUAAAACAAAGGCUGCCUCUGAAAAUGUGCAGGCUCAGCUGUGCGCCAACAUGAGGAAGGACAAAGAGCGUAAGAAGUAG